CGUCCGAGAUCGUCCAUCCCCAUCAAUAUGUCCUGGGAAGAAUACGGAAGACAAUCCAUCUCGGCAGCUCAUUCGUCGCGCCUCAAUCCGUAUGCUCUCCAUCCAGGGGAGUACAGACUUUUACGAGACCACAUCACACAAGCUCAAGUCACUACAUAUCUGAAUAUCCGCAAUGGCAUUCUUCGUCUCUGGGUCCGAAAUCCCUUAGUCAGCGUCUCGAAAGAGGAAGCAGCUGGAUGCGCAAAAGAUGCUCGCUUCUUCGACUUGGCACAUACGUCGUAUCGGUGGUUGGUCAGAAACGGCUACAUCAAUUUUGGCUGUGUUGAGGUUCCUCAUGCAGGAGUCCUUAGUCCCAAGCGAAAAACAACACCUAGACAAAGGACGGUAGUCGUUGUAGGUGCUGGUAUGGCGGGCCUCAGUUGUGCCAGACAACUCGAAGGCUUAUUUGCCCAGCUCGGUGAUCAUUGGACCGAUGUUGGCGAACUGCCCCCCAAGGUUGUUGUGCUGGAGGGCAGAAACAGAGUCGGUGGUCGUGUCUACUCACAUCCUCUCCGGGAGCAGGUGCCGGAUAGCCUACCGAACGGCCUGCGAAACACUGCCGAAAUGGGCGCUCAAAUUAUCACAGGCUUCAACCAUGGAAAUCCCUUGAACGCGAUCGUUCGUGGCCAGCUCGCCCUUCGCUAUCACCUCAUGUGGGAUGAGAUUACAAUGUACGACUCUGAUGGACGCGCAGUCAACCACGAACGCGACAUGAUGGUCAACAAAAUACACAACGACCUGUUGGAGCGAGCCAGCGACUUUCGCGUGAAACCGACGCCUGUCGAGACCCUAGAAGGACUUCCGGACUACGUUGACGUGUGUCAAGAUCCUGUGGAAAUAAAGACGGAAAGAAGCAAUGCUCCUACACUAAAUCAAGAAAGGCAAGCUGUACCUCCCGGCUUCGCUAAGCUCCAGGGAAGGACCCAGGUAGUCGCCGGCAAUAGCUCAAGUCGGACAGCAGCACAAGCCGUACGGUCGGCCGGCUGGCAAUUACGACCUGGCAUCACAAAGAGACAUUCUCUAGCCCUCGACGCAAUAGCAACAGAGUCCGACAAACCCACGUUAGGAGCAACUAUGGACGAAGCCAUUCGUCAGUAUCAAGAGCUGGUUGAACUAACACCUCAAGACAUGCGUCUGCUCAAUUGGCACUACGCUGAUCUUGAGUAUGCGAACGCUGCCACUGUUUCCACUCUCAGCUUAGGAGGUCAUGACCAGGAUAGCGGCAACGAGUUUGAGGGUCGACAUUCUGAAGUGGUAGGUGGGUACAUCCAGGUGCCUCGUGGUUUAAUGAUGCUACCUUAUCCUCUCGACGUGCGCUUUGAGUCAGUUGUGGAAAGGAUUAUCUAUAAUGCUAGCGAUGACGAUGCAGACAGCUCAGCAACAGUGCUGUGCUCUAGUGGAGAAGUCUUCACAGCCGACCAAGUCAUUCUGACCUCUCCGCUCGGUGUACUGAAAGCCGGAACUAUCGCCUUCGAGCCCGCUCUGCCAGAUUGGAAGAAGGAAGCCAUCGAUCGUAUGGGUUUCGGACUGCUCAACAAGGUGGUCAUGGUCUUCCCACACGCAUUCUGGGACAGCCAAUACGAUAUGUUUGGUUUCCUUAAUGAUGCCGAGAACAAAGACAGCCUGAAUCCUGAUGACUAUGCCGCCCGCCGCGGCCGUUUCUACAUGAUGUGGAAUUGCGAAAAGAACAGCGGUCGACCAGUACUCAGUGCACUCAUGUCCGGUCGAGCAGCUCACGAGGUGGAAGUCACAGACAAUGAUAUAUUACUUCAAGAAGCUCUGGAGAAGCUGAGGUGCACGUUCGGAGCCGAAAAUGUUCCCACGCCCGUCGAAGUCAUCGUCACAAGAUGGAAGAAGGAUCCUUUCGCGAGAGGUACAUACUCGUUCGUUGGACCUGCUACCAGUCCUCUGGACUACGAUAUCAUGGCGGCACCCGUAGGUAACCUUCACUUCGCUGGAGAAGCUACUUGCGGAACUCAUCCUGCUACCGUGCAUGGCGCAUAUCUGUCGGGACUCAGAGCGGCAGCCGAUGUCAUUGACACGAUGGUUGGCCAAAUGGCAGUUCCAGAGCCUUUGGUAUUGCCUCGGCAGACUCUUCCAGUUGCUUUCCUCGAAGACGCAUCCGAAAUGGCCAGCACAGAGUCACCGAUGAGAGAUGGCUUCGCAGACACACCUUCUGCAGCACCAAAACGUGUAGGCAGACCUCCAGGUAGACCUCCGGCAUACGAGGCCGCGAUUAUCGAUGCAAUUCUUUCUGAGCUUGGCCCUCGCCCUCUGAAGCCUUCCAGACCUGGUGCAAGUGUCAAUCCGUACCUCUUGUUCACGAACGACUACUGGGCUCGAUGCAAGGAGGAACUGAGCGAAGCGAAACGAAAAGCGAGUGGCGACAGCACAGCUAAGGCACUACGAGAAGAGAUUCGCACUGAGGUGGGCCGACAAUGGCGAGUGUCGAGUGACGAGGUCAAACGACCAUACAUUGAGCAGACGCAAGCGGCACAGCAAGCGGUAAAAGAGACGCGUGCACAGUAUGAGCAGGAUGCAGCGCAGUGGGAUCAAGAUGCCCGAAGGAUUAGGCUCGACUAUCAACAAGAGCACCCGCCUACAAACGGCAACGAGUGGACAGGCGGUACCAGUAUCGAGGUGGCUCCCUUGGCACCUCCUCGACGCAAGCAAGCCGUUAACUACAACGAGUCGGAUGGCGAUUGA